AAUGCUGUGCUGCUUUCUCUUGCCUCACAACUGAAGACAGGACACACCCUCCAAACAUCAGUAAAGGUCUGAGGCCUCAUUCUUACAAAGUUUACUGGAUACAGGAGUUGGAUGGCCAUGGACUCCUGGCUUGGAAUAAUUAUAUUUUCAGUUUUUUCCAUCUGCAAUUGGGCAUAUAAAAUGGAUACUCUGCCAAACAUCGAAAAUGAAGCUUUCAUCAAAGAGUGUGUUGACCUUCAUAACAAGUUUCGGUCACAAGUGAACCCCAAAGCCAGUAACAUGCUGCGUAUGAGCUGGGAUGCAGACUUGGCCAAGUCUUCUAAAGCCUGGGCAGAAAGGUGCGAGUUUGAACAUAAUGUUGAUUUGAGAAAUCCCAAAAAGUUGCACCCUACCUUUUCUUCAUUGGGAGAGAAUAUCUGGGUAGGCUCAGUUGGGGCAUUUUCUGAAGAAUCUGCCAUCAAGAUGUGGAAUGAUGAGGUCAAAAACUAUGAUUUCCAGACUCAGAAAUGUACUCAUGUGUGUGGCCAUUACACUCAGGUCGUUUGGGCAAAUAGUUACAAGGUUGGCUGUGCAGUUCAAUUUUGUCCACAACUUAAAAAGACUUCUAUUAGGAACGGAGCACUUUUUGUGUGUGAAUAUGGACCAGCAGGAAAUUAUGCUUAUACGCGACCAUACGAAGAGGGAAAACCCUGCAGUGCCUGCAAAGAGGAUACAUGUAUGAACCGUCUGUGUGCAAAUCCAAAACGUGAUGGAGCUUUAGAUAAGCUACAUGGGAAGGAGACUGUCAAACGUCAACGAAGUGUUUCUCUUGUUCUCAUCUUGGCGCCACUUUUGAUUAUACUGUCUAUCAUAUUGGCCAUUCUGAUAAAGCAUUAUUAUCCAAGGUAAACUAUUUCUAAGUAACUUUAAUCAAAAGAGGAUAUGGGACAAUAUUAUCCUUAAAAAUGUCUGAACCACAAAAGAUUUCUAAUUCAGAAAGGGAAAUGCAUUUCUGAAUAUUUUUAAAGAUCUAAAAAUGGGAGAAAUUGUAUUACUUGAUCACGUACAAAUUUAAACUGAGUUUUAAAUUAUUUUCUUUCCAACCACUUGGUGUCACAACAGAAACCCAACACCUCAGGGGAAAUGGAACAAAAUGUCCAACCCAGGGAGAGUUUUGAUAGGAGGUU